UACAUUUGAUAUGAUUUUUUAUGCAUUUUGUCUCUCCCUUUGCUCUAACUAAACCCCUCCCUAUUUCCAUACUGCUGUUUGAGGCUUCCAUGGCUUUGGCGGAGUGAGUAUGACUCAUAAUAACCAGUUAAAAGGCUUUCCCAUUGACCAGCACUUGCUACUCUAUGCAAACUAGCCACACUUCAAUCCUGUGUGGUUACUAUUAGAAAUGCAUCUUCUGUUCUGUUGGACCUGUGUUCUGGUCUUGGUUCUGCCUGGUCCAUGUUCUACAGCUCCUACAUCAAUUCCUGAAGAAGAGAUCACGGGACUCCUCACAGGACAGACCCAAGAGGACCUAAAGCUGGCCACAGAGUACCUCCAGCAUUAUUACAACCUGAAGAAAGAGCAACCUUUGGCUCGGAUCAAGAGGUACCUGCCCUCGUUCACCUCCAAGGUGAAGGACAUGCAGAGCUUCUUUGGCCUCAACACCACAGGCAGUCUGGACUCUGAGACCCUGGAGGUGAUGAGUACCCCUCGCUGUGGGGUCUCUGAUGUAGAGGACUACAGUCACAACAACCGAGUCAACCGCUGGAACAAGAACGUCAUCACCUACAGCAUUGGCAGGUACACCAGUGAUUUGCCUCACAGCAAGGUGGACUCUCUGAUCGAGUCGGCGCUCAGCGUCUGGGCCAGGGCCAGCACUCUGACCUUUGUCAGGUCACGCACACAGAGGGCCGACAUCAUGGUGGAGUUUGCUACCUUUGAGCAUGGUGAUGCCUACCCGUUUGAUGGGUCUAAGGGCACUUUGGCACAUGCCUUUGGCCCUGGAGAGGGAAUUGGAGGCGAUGCCCACUUUGACGACGAUGAAACUUGGACGGCAGGGUCAAAGGGGUUCAACCUGUAUCUAGUGGCAGCCCAUGAGUUUGGUCAUUCUUUAGGCUUAAGGCACUCCCAAAACCCAGAGUCACUGAUGUAUCCUACAUACAAAUCCAGUCGCAGUUCACACAACCUGCUCUCCAAAGAGGACAUAGCAAUAAUCAACUCACUUUACGGUCCAAAAAACAGUCAGCCAUAUCACUACUCCAGACAUGGCUGGAAUCCACUUUACAACCCCUGGUUCCUGGGUUCCCACUUCCCUCUGAUGAUGCAGAACAAAUGUUCAGCUGACCUGUCCUUUGAUGCUGUCUCCACCCUGGGGGAUGCCACCUUCUUUUUCAAAGACAAGUAUCUAUGGAUCAAGCACAACCAGCAAUAUGAUAUAAAAGAAGGUCCUAUCAACAACUUCAUGCCAAAGAUUGAAUCCAAAAUUGAUGCUGCCUUCUGGGUCCCUCGGCGAUCCACUGCUUACCUGAUUCAUGAAUCCAUGUACUGGACGGUGAAGGGUUCCAUUGUGAAAGGCAAACCUAAACCCAUCAGCAACUUUGGCUUCCCACCAUGGGUUCAGGAAGUAAACGCAGCGGUACACAUCGUCAAAACAGGACGCACGCUAUUCUUCAUUCACGACAUUUACUACAGUUAUAAUGAAAACCGAAGAGUUAUGGAUGCUGGAUACCCACAGUACAUCAGUGAUGAUUUCCAAGGGCUCAAUACUACUAUCGAUGCUGCUGUCUACAAAGAUGGUGUCAUCUACUUCUUCGUUGGACCACACGUGUACAAGUACGAUUAUACCCAGAAACAAGUUGUUGGAACUGAGAAAGCAAAUACCUGGCUCGGAUGCUAGUGAAUUCAUGGGAAUUUAAAUGUUUUUGUCCAAAAUGCAAUAAAGGUUAUGCAAAGCUGUACAAAACUGUAUGCAUAAUGAUAACGUGGAAUUUAGUCCAACGUAUUAGGUUGCCGGUAAGGAUAGCAUUUAGUAAAUAUGUGCA